AUGAUUAAAAGCAAAGAGGAUGUCGAGAUAGUUUACUAUUAUUUGAGCAAGUUAUUCAAAUGUAUUUUUAAAUGCUCCUACUUUGAAGACUAUAUAAUCAAUCCAGAAGUGAUUGAAUUAUUAUUUGGGGAAGCCAAACAAUUUUAUGUUCAAAAUUGCAAUAUUUCUGCUCAAGAAUACAAUGUUGACAUUUUAAUGCAAUUUAUUUCGAACAAUUUGGUUAGCGAAUAUCAUCGACUUUCUUUUUGGAUAUUUGAUAUUGACACUUUGAAGAACUAUAAAAAUGAUUUGUUCAAAAUUUUAUUAUAUGGAGGAGACAAAUUUCGAAAAGAAGUUUAUGUGACGCUCUAUUCUACUCCAGGAUUUACCAAAGAUGUUUAUAAUCAUAUUGUUGAACAUGUGGCAACAUCUAAAGACUUUUCGAAAAUGGUACCUGUCAUUAUUCUUCAUUUUGAUAGUUGCACAACUCUUAAAUUACACGACAAAGCAAAAAAUGCUGAAAUUAAGAAAUCAGAUGAUACAAAAUCUACCACUUAUCAAGUUGUCAACAUUCACGAUCCAACGGUUAAAUUUUCGUUUUGUAAUGAAGAAAGUUUUUACGUUAAAAUUAAAAUUAUGAAGGAAUAGAAUUUGGAAAGACGAAAAUAAAGUUUUGGAUUUAUUGGAGAAUUAAAUAAAUAUAUUUUUAAAAAAUAUUUCAAAUUUUUUCAUUGACUUUCUCAAUAAAUUAUUUUAGCAUAUUUUUUUACAUGCAUUUUUGGUUGAAUAAAUCCAGCUAAUUUAUUUUAAAAUAUUUUUACAAACAUUGUUACACCUUUCCUUAUUGUACGCCCUUUGAGUUAAAAAAAACAGCAUCUUAUCGGAGUAGCUUCUUACCAAUUCGAAAUCCCUAGGAUGAUAAGAACUGA